CCAGGCCGGCGCUAGUCGGUGCCCCGGCGGAGCGACGGGCACCCGGGCUCCCUGGCCCCGGGCCCCCCCCGGCUGGGGUGGCUGGGGCAAGGGGACGAUGUCUGCUCGCGCCCCGGUGCCCGCCGUUCACCCUCGGGAGGAGCCGCCCGCGGCGGCCGCAGAGCGGGAGUCGCGGUUGGCCGCGGCAAGCCGGCAGGCCGAGCAGCCGCCCCCGCCGGCUCGAGACGGGAAGGAGGCGGCGAGGGAGGAGAGGGCCGCGGCCGGCACCAGCGCGGGGGCGCGGGGAGAGCCGUCUCCGGUGCCGGUGCUGGGACACAGCGUGCCCCAGGCGGCCGUGCCCGUGAGGCCCCUGUCCCCGCACCUGGCGCACAAGGCGCGCGGGCCCGGGGGCCCCUUCGGCGGGGAGCCGCUGCCACCGCUGCCACCGCCGCCGCCGCGGGGGCCGCCGGCCGAGGACGCCCGAGCUGAGGCGGCAGCGGCCGGCCCCGAGGAAAAGCUGCCGCCGCCGCCGCCGCCGCCGCUGCCGCCGCCGCCGCCGCCGCUGCCGCCGCCGCCGCCGCCGCCGCCGCCUAAGGAAAACCCCUGGACCAAAAAGCCUCCCCAGCACCUGUCCCCCGCCGGGACGGGCCCGCCGCCGCCCCCGCCGGAGACGCUGGAGGCAGAGCUCAGUUCCCCAAAACCUAUAAAAGCUGGAAAACUCAAGACAAAGAAACCCAGUAAGCCUAGUGAUUUCAGCGAUGUGGCGAACUGGCCAACGCCAAGUGAAUUAGUGAACACUGGAUGUCAGAGCGUCAUCAGUCAAGGGAAUAAGAAGCUGCAGAAUAGAAAGGAAAAAGAAGAGAAGACUGAGAAGAAAAGUAACAAUGAGAGUAAAGAAAACCGGGAAAUAAAAUUAGAUGGCCCUGGUGAAAACGUCAGUGAAGAUGAGGCUCAAUCAAGUAAUCAACGAAAAAGAGCUAAUAAGCACAAGUGGGUACCUCUCCACUUGGAUGAUGUAAGACCAGACAGUCAAGAAAGACCUGGUUCCCGGAACAGCUCAAGAUGUCAACCUGAAACAAAUAAAUCAGCACAUACCAAUAGAAGAAAUGACACACGAAGUUGGAGGCGAGAUAGAGAAAAAAGAGAAGACCAAGAUGAAGUGUCCAGCGUGAGAAGUGAGGGUGGUAAUAUCCGAGGUUCCUUUAGAGGCCGAGGAAGAGGACGAGGACGGGGAAGAGGACGGGGAAGAGGAAAUCCUCGAUUGAACUUUGAUUUUUCGUAUGGUUAUUGAGAACAUGGUGAAAGGACUGAUCAACCAUUUCAGACAGAUCUUAAUACCAGUAUGAUGUAUUACUAUGAUGAUGGUACAGGCGUACAGGUGUAUCCUGUGGAGGAAGCGUUGCUUAAAAAGUAUAUUAAGCGUCAAAUUGAGUAUUACUUCAGUAUAGAAAAUCUAGAACGGGACUUUUUUCUUCGGCGAAAAAUGGAUGAACAAGGUUUCUUGCCUAUUUCCCUGAUUGCUGGUUUUCACAGAGUUCAGGCUCUCACCACAAACCUUAAUCUCAUCUUAGAGGCAUUGAAGGAUAGCACAGAAGUAGAAAUUGUGGAUGAGAAAAUGAGAAAAAAGAUAGAACCAGAAAAAUGGCCAAUUCCAGGCCCUCCUCCACGUAAUGUGCCACAGACAGACUUCUCUCAACUGAUUGAUUGUCCAGAGUUCGUACCAGGCCAAGCCUUUUGCUCACAUACAGAGUCUGCCCCAAAUUCUCCAAGAAUGGGAAGUCCAUUGAGUCCAAAGAAAAAUACUGAAACAAGUAAUCUUCAAGCAAUGUCUAGAGGUUUGUCUACAAGUUUGCCUGACUUGGACUCAGAACCUUGGAUAGAAGUAAAAAAGAGACAUCGUCCACCCCCAGUGAAAUUGAAGGAAUCAGUAUUUGUAACAGAAGAGGCAUCAAAUCGACUAUAUCCUCCUGAAGAACAAGAACAAGCAGAACUUGAUUUUUUAUUUGAUGAAGAGAUUGAGCAAAUAGAAGGACAAAAAAACACAUUUGGUGAUUGGUCUGAUAAUGAUUCAGAUUAUGAAAUUGAUGACCUGGAUUUAAAUAAGAUUUUGAUCAUAAUUCAGACACCACCUUACAUGAGAAAACAUCCUGGAGGAGAUCUAACAGGCAACCAUAUGUCUUGGGCAAAAAUUACAUCUGAACUUGCUAAAGUUAUCAAUGAUGGCUUAUAUUAUUAUGAGCAGGAUCUGUGGAUGCAAGAAGAUGAAAAUAAACACACAGCCUUAAAGGUAAUUAUUAUGGCCAGCAUCUCUCUGCCAAUGCUUCAUUUUAUUAUAUAUGGUUGCUUAUUUUUCUUUAAACUUAACAAGGUUUAUUUUAUGAAAUUUUGAAUGUAAGUAUAAUUUAUAUUUAAUUGGAAA